AUGAACGUCAGUUACAACCAUUUCACUGACCAAAAUUCACUCUUGAUCCUCUGACACAUGGAGAAUAUAGAAGACGACGUGUCCAAACCAACUCCUGUGAUUGUGGACUGUGACGUCCUAGAGGCUGCUAAAGAGAAUAUCCAGCCACUUGCAUCUGGUCGUAGAGUUACCACUCUUUCAGCUAUCCUGCAAACUCCUCACGCACAGCGGGAUGCGCAACUACUCGCAGCGCGCAAGCGCUUCCGUACGAACAUCCAAAUUGCACUCGAAGAUGAUGAUGAUGAUCCGCUGGAAGCAUACUCGCGUUUUGUUCAAUGGACUCUCGAAAAUUACCCUCAAGGGCAAAGCGCAGAGUCCGGACUUCUAGAGCUUCUGGAAGAGGCAACAAGGGUAUUAAAGGGCAACCGAGAAGGACGAUGGAAAGGGACGUCGACGUACCUCAAACUUUGGGUACUGUACGCGAGCUAUGUGGAGAAACCGACCAUCAUCUACAAAUUUUUGCUCGCAAAUGAUAUUGGAACCGAUCAUGCUUUACUGUAUGAGGAAUACGCGGCUGCACUUGAAAAAGCCGGACGGCGCAAUGAAGCAGAUGCUGCAUAUCUACUUGGAAUUGCACGUCAGGCUUCUCCCCUUGAUAGACUUGUAGCAAAGCAUAGUGAAUUCCAGAAACGAAUGAUGACUGCAGCCACAAUGACUCCACAGCCCGCUCCAAAUGCUCCCCCACGUAGAACAGCGUUGGGGGUGACUUCCUCAUCUUCUGCCGCAGUAUCAACUCCUUCGUCAUCAUCGCAAGCCGGUGCCAAUGGGUCUCGAAGUGGACCACGGCUAGGCACAAACGCUCGUCUCCAAAUUUUCGUGGACCCUUCCGGAGCAGGGUCAGCCGACGCAAUGGACUCAGUCACACCUUAUCCUGAUAUCGGAACACGUAAAUCUCGGGUCAAAGAAAAUGUACCCGAGGUCAGCAAAGCUGCAGGCAGCACCUUAAAGCAAGCAGGUCGUACUAGACGAAUUGCGUCUGGGUCGAAUUCGGGAGCAAUUGCACCAAAAAUUGUACCUUUCAGAGACCCCGAACCAGACGUGGACGUGGAAGGAAAGGUUGUAAUGGACCCACCUCGUGUUCCCAUAUCCAGGCAGAAGGACACAGUACCGGAGACUCCCACAAGGACUAGCACCAUGAUACCGUUUCAUGACGUCCCCAACGGUGGCGGCAUUCCGUCUAUCCCUCAAUUCACACCGUUUCGAGAUGAGCCUGAAAUAGACCCGUCGGCUGCAAUGCUUGCACCUGAAACGGUGAUGAAACUAAAAACUGUUGGGGGACCUGUUAUUGGAUCUGAAGCAGAAGCGUUGAGGAAAGAUCCUUUGAAGAAUUAUUCUACCGAAGAAUGUCCACAGGAUGACUGAAUGAUCUUUCCCCCUUGUUUAACCUCUCUUUUCGCCUAAGCUAUUGUCGGUUAGUAUGCUACAUUAUGAUCUACCCUCACUUUCCGCCUCCUGCUCCAACAUCUUGGUCUUGGGUUUUGUCUUGAGUUUUGUAAAAGUAUUCGUAUGAGAUCAUGACCCUGCUAGCUUAUGUGUAGAACCAAGAUUGUUAACCUCUACCCCCAACCUAGCAGGCUGGCUAAAGACUAGUCACUGGUCGUCAAGCUGGUUUCCUAAUCUGUCUUUCCCCUGACACAACCGUAUCCGCAGCCCGGGCUUUUGAUCAGUCUACACACCUGACCUUGUCAACCACACUUGCUAAGUUUCAGUGAUCCUCGCAAUGUCAUCCAAGCAAAUCGCUUUAUAUCCUUGCUCUCCCAAUACCGUACGUGGAACAUCGACAAAGAUCUCAGCUAGUAAAGAUAAGGUUGUCUAUACC